GUCCAUCGCAAUCACGCGACACACUCGUGCGUGAUCGAACCCGGUAUCCUCAACACGGAGUUGCAAGAAAGUCUACCAGAUCAGGUACUACUGACACUGACUGAGGCUGACGCCACGGACUAGAGAUGCCAAGUCCGCUGUGGACCCAAGUCCAAGACUUCGCUGCGCAAUCCGCGGCGUUACGAAAACAUGCCGACGAACACUUGGAAAUGCAUUGGCGACCGGCCGCCACUCGUUUACCUCCUGAGUAGGAAACGACUGUGAUUCUCUCGCGCACUCCUCAUACCAGACGACCCACCCCAUACAUUCGUUAUUACUACUAAAGCCAUCAGACAUUUCCACCAUACUCUCAUAACAAGUUGGAGAAGGGUCGCGAUGAGGACCCCAGUAACCCUCACGACAUGUCUCCUCCUCCCCAUAUUGGCACGCGCCAUUGAACUGAAUCUGGACGAUCCGCAAUCGAUUCGCGAUGCCGCCAAAACUGCAGCGGAGAAGAUGGUCGGCUGGUAUUCUGGCAAAGCCUUCACCAUACCCGGGCUGCUUCCUGGCCCGUAUUACUGGUGGGAAGCAGGCGCCAUGUUUGGGUCGUUGAUUGAUUAUUGGUAUUAUACGGGAGAUGAGAGUUAUAAUGCGAUUGUUACAGAAGCGUUGCUUUUUCAGGUCGGUCCUGAUGAGAAUUUUAUGCCUACGAAUCAAUCCAAAUCCCUGGGAAAUGAUGAUCAAGCUUUCUGGGGAAUCGCCGCCAUGAGUGCCGCAGAAUUCAAUUUUCCCAAUCCUCCUUCCGACCAACCGCAAUGGCUCGCACUCGCGCAAGCCGUCUUCAACUCGCAAGCUCCACGUUGGAAUACGGAUUCUUGCGGGGGAGGACUCAAGUGGCAGAUUUUCACUUUUAAUAAUGGGUACAAUUACAAAAACGCCAUUUCAAAUGGCUGUUUCCUCAACCUGGCUGCACGUCUAGGAAUGUAUACCGGCAACAGCACGUUCACCGAAUGGGCGGAUCGAACAUGGGACUGGUCGAGCAGCAUUGGGAUGAUCUCGCCCACAUACUCCAUCUACGACGGCUCCGACGACGCGCUCAACUGUCGCGAACUCAAUCACAUUCAGUGGUCGUACAACGCGGGAGUGUACUUGAAUGCAGCUGCUACGAUGUGGAACAUCACCGCAGAUGGCCCCGAUGCGGGCAAGUGGAGGGAACGGACGCAGGGAAUGUUGGAUGGAAUUCAGAGGACGUUUUUUAAUGGGACGAUAAUGAUUGAGGCUGCUUGUGAGAUGAGCUGGAACUGCAAUAUUGAUCAGCAGACCUUCAAGGCGUAUCUGUCGAGGUGGAUGGCUGCGAGUGUCAAGGUGGCGCCGUGGACGCAUGAUAUUGUUAUGCCGUUGUUGGCUUCUUCCGCGAUGGCUGCGGCGAGAUCGUGUACUGGAGGUUCAGACAGUGUCACAUGCGGUACUACAUGGACCGGGGAUGGAUGGGACGGGGGUUUCGGAGUGGGGCAACAAAUGAAUGCACUCGAGGUGAUCCAGUCGAAUCUCAUUGAUCAAGUGAGCGGACCAGUCGGGAAUGGAACGGGAGCAACAUCAGUCGGAGACCCGAACGCUGGCACGAGACUGUCGGAUGCUCCCGAGGCACCUGAUGGAAUCACAGGCGCUGAUAGGGCGGGAGCGGGCAUCGUCACGGCGUUGGUGUUGCUUGGGAUGAUUGGUGGCUCGGUGUGGGUGGUUCAGUAGUAGGUACUUAAUCUACUACCUAGGCAGGUGUGUCGGUAAACAG